UUUUGCAGGAGACUAUUAUUUAUUUAUUUUUUAAACCAUAAUUUUAGCUUACAGCACCAAUAAUUAGUUAGUUUAUUUUAUUGUUUAAAAUGGUUUUACAAAAUACAGGAAAAUAUAGAGCUGAUAGAGAUGACAAUAUCAAACGAGAUCCUGGAUCAUCGUCAGCAUCCAGAGAGGAGUCUUCGGAAUCACGUAUUCGUGUGGCAUUAGAAAAUGAUAGAAUAGACUCUAAAUAUGGAUUCGAAAGAAUGCGAGAUACGAAGGAAAGAACAGGUUACCUUAUCAAUAUGCAUACAGCGGAAAUUCUGGAUGAAGAUAAAAGACUUGUGGCAGCCAUGGAUUAUUACUUUAUUGAGAUGGAUGGAACAAGGUUCAAAGUGUCACUGACAUUUCAACCCUAUUUUAUGGUAUUAGCUAGAAGGGAGUGUGAACAAGAAGUUAUACAGUACUUGUCUAAAAAGUUUGCGGGGAGUAUACAUAAAAUAAUUGUUGUAGAAAAGGAGGAUUUGGAUCUGUUAAACCACUUGUCAGGCAUAAGGCAACGCUACAUAAAAUUGUCAUUCAUGUCUCAAAAUGAAAUGAUGAAAGUCAGAAGGGAACUGCUGACAGCUGUAAAUAAAAACAAAGAAAGGGAGAAAAAGGAUGCCAUCUAUGCUGAAAUGUUAACAAAUGCAUUGACCAGUGCAGCAGCUAUAGAACAUGCUAAGAAAACUACAGACCAUAUGGAAAAUAUUUUGGAUAUUAGAGAGCAUGAUGUCCCUUACCAUGUUAGAGUAUCAAUUGAUAUGAAAAUCUUCUGUGGUACAUGGUACACAGUGAAAGGUAGAGGAACAGAGACACCUAUAUUCACUAAAAGGGAUGACAUCAUUGAGAGGCCUGAUCCAAUAGUAUUGGCUUUCGAUAUAGAGACAACAAAGCUUCCUUUAAAGUUCCCUGACUCUCAAACUGAUCAGAUCAUGAUGAUAUCAUACAUGAUUGAUGCACAGGGUUAUUUGAUUACCAAUAGAGAAAUCAUAUCGGUAGAUGUUGAGGACUUUGAGUAUACACCAAAGCCAGAAUUUGAAGGACAAUUCAUUAUAUUCAAUGAACCAAAUGAACUGGCACUGAUACAGAAAUUUUUUGAUCACAUCAUGGAUGUUAAACCACAUAUAUUUGUAUUUAUAUAAGGCGAUUUUUUCGAUUGGCCUUUCGUAGAGGCGCGCGCGGCUAUUUUAGGACUAGACAUGAAACAAGAAAUAGGUUUUAGUAAGAUAGCAGCUAGAGAUAAUACCUAUGCCUGUCGUCCAGCUAUGCAUAUGGAUUGCUUAUGUUGGGUGAAAAGAGAUUCAUAUCUACCAGUUGGGUCUCAAGGUUUGAAAGCAGUUGCCAAAGCAAAAUUGAGAUAUGACCCUGUAGAGUUAGAUCCGGAAGAUAUGUGCAGGAUGGCGGCAGAACAGCCACAGGUACUUUCAAAUUAUUCAGUGUCAGAUGCCGUAGCAACAUAUUACUUGUACAUGAAAUAUGUUCAUCCAUUCAUAUUUGCGCUCUGUACAAUCAUUCCAUUGGAACCUGAUGAGGUGCUCCGGAAAGGCUCCGGCACUCUCUGCGAGUCACUGCUGAUGGUGGAGGCGUUCCACGCCAACAUUGUAUUCCCUAACAAACAAGUGGAGGAGCUAAAUAAGCUGACCAAUGAUGGACACGUGCUCGAAACGGAGACGUACGUUGGUGGUCAUGUGGAGGCACUUGAGUCUGGUGUAUUCCGUGCAGACAUAAAAUGCAAAUUCAAAAUAGUGCCAUCUGGUAUCCAGAAGUUAAUGGAUAACACGGAGAAAACAAUGAAACAUGCCAUUGAAGUGGAGGAAGGUAUCCCGUUAGAAUUGGUCACAAAUUUUGAAGAGGUGUGCGCAGAAAUUAAAGAGAAAUUACAACAUAUGCACGACCAUCCUCGGAGGGACGAGAAUCCAUUGAUUUAUCAUUUGGAUGUUGGUGCUAUGUAUCCCAAUAUUAUAUUGACUAACAGGCUGCAGCCGUCGGCGAUGGUGACGGCCAGUACGUGCGCAGUGUGUGACUACAACCGGCCCGGCGCCACCUGCCAGCGAUCCAUGGAAUGGAUGUGGCGUGGAGAUUACCUACCAGCAUCGCGCAGCGAAUAUCAGCGUAUACAGCAACAGCUGGAGACUGAGAAAUUCCCGCCACUUCAUCCUGGAGGACCUCAAAGGGCUUUCCACGCCUUACCCAAAGAAGAUCAGGCAGCCUACGAAAAGAAACGUUUGGCUGAUUAUUGUAAAGUGGCGUACAAAAAGACGAAAGUAACCAGAACGGAAGUGCGCGCCACAACUAUUUGUCAGAAGGAAAACUCGUUCUAUGUGGACACUGUUCGUGCUUUUAGGGAUCGCCGCUAUGAGUACAAAGCGCUGAACAAGCAGGCUAAGGCGAAGGUAAAUGAAGCUGUAGCAAGCGGCGAUGCGGCCGAAAUCAAACUCGCUAAAAGCAGAGAGGUUCUGUACGAUUCGUUGCAACUUGCGCACAAGUGCAUCCUUAACUCUUUCUACGGCUACGUCAUGAGGAGAGGAGCUCGCUGGCAUAGUAUGGAAAUGGCGGGCAUCGUUUGCUACACGGGCGCUAAUAUUAUAAUGCGUGCUCGGGAGAUCAUCGAACAAGUCGGCAGGCCGCUGGAGUUGGAUACUGACGGUAUUUGGUGCGUGCUCCCGUCAUCAUUUCCGGAGAACGUGACCGUCCACACUACCCAUGCCAAAAAGAAAAAGAUUAAUGUAUCAUUUCCUAAUGCGGUACUCAACGCUAUGGUUAAGGACUACUUCACGAAUGACCAAUAUUUCGAACUGACUGAUCCCGAGACUAAGAAAUAUGAACAACGCUCCGAGAACUCUAUAUUCUUUGAAGUCGAUGGACCCUAUCUCGCUAUGGUAUUACCAGCGUCUAAGGAGGAAGGGAAGAAGCUCAAGAAAAGAUAUGCUGUGUUCAAUUUCGAUGGAUCGUUGGCUGAAUUAAAAGGGUUUGAAGUGAAACGCCGUGGCGAACUGCAACUUAUAAAAAUUUUCCAAUCAUCCGUAUUUGAAGCGUUCCUUAAAGGGAAUGACCUGAAGUCCUGUUAUGGUGCAGUGGCUAAGGUAGCCGAUUACUGGCUCGACGUGUUGUAUAGUAAAGGGUCCAAUAUGCCAGAUUCAGAGCUGUUUGAACUUAUAUCUGAAAAUAGAUCAAUGUCUAAGAAACUGGAAGACUAUGGUGGACAGAAGUCAACUUCCAUAUCAACUGCAAAGAGGCUUGCUGAGUUUUUAGGUGAUCAGAUGGUGAAAGACGCCGGGUUAGCGUGCAAAUUUAUAAUAUCCCGCAAACCGGAAGGCGCGCCCGUGACUGAGCGCGCGAUUCCGCUGGCCAUCUUCCAGUCGCCGGCCAGCGUGAAGCGACACCACUUGCGUCGCUGGCUCAAAGAUACAAGUAUUAGCGAGGACGUGGACAUUCGCGACGUACUCGACUGGUCCUAUUACAUCGAGCGACUCAGUGGUGCCAUACAAAAGAUCAUUACCAUACCGGCCGCCAUGCAGGGGUUGGACAACCCUGUCCCCCGGGUACAAUAUCCAGACUGGCUACACAAGAAAAUGCUCGCCAAGACUGACAAGUACAAAACCAGAAAGAUAACAGAUAUGUUCACAGCGAAACCAAAGGAGUUGAAGCAGUUUGGUGAAGAUGACGCUACUGGUAGUAAUGAGACAGAACAAUCGAUGGUCACAGAAAUCGAUAUAGAAGAUAUAGGGAAAGAAAACACAGAGCGCAACGAGAUAAGGCCCGUUGUACACACAGUGAAGAGGAAACGUGCAGAGUCUCCACCGCCGCCCUCUACAUGGAAAGAGGCGCUAGGAUCGCCACCACCUUUCGGCACUACUAAGGGAGAACGCAAACAAUGGAUACUGUUUCAAAAGAGGAAAUGGAUGUGGCAGAUGGAACAGCGUGGUCUAAGGAAUCGGAAUAAACGAGGUAAAAUAGACGAUGGUCCUGUAGUACCGGCUAAGAGUGGCCCGGCCACUACACUGGGAGGAUUCAUCAGAAGGGCGCAACGGACCCUUUUGAAUACGGCUUGGCAGAUAAUACAGGUGGCGGAAACAGCUGAGCCAGGUCUGUUUCGACUGUGGGCGCUAGUGGGCACCGAGCUGCACCAGAUCAAGCUGACUGUACCGCGUAUCUUCUACGUGAACCAGCGUGUGGCUCGCACUACCGACUGCGGCCCGCACUGGCGCCGCUGUAACCGCAUCCUACCGCGCGCGCAUCCCGUACUACAUCUCUACCAGUAUUCUGUGCCCGAACAACUCUACAGGGAACAUCAGGAAGAAUUAAUGGGAGAACUGUCAACACCCGAAAUCGAGGGAAUAUAUGAAACGCAAAUGAGCCUGGAAUUUAGAGUGUUGGUGCAACUUGGCUGCAUUUGUACCGUAGAUCAAACAGAAGCAAGGAAGCUGAUACAAUUUGGAUCCACUAAUAUGGAUUCAUUUACUCUCAGCCAGCUUCAGUUUAAGAGUGUGGCACAUCAACCAUACUUGCAAAAACAGGAUGGCGCGGCCCCGAUAAAACAUAUAUACCUGUACCAACAUUCAGCUAUAAACUCUAGUCGUAGCAUGUGGGCGCUGGUGUUGCCACCUAUCAAGAAAGGUUUUAUCUUCGUGCUGGAUACUGUAAAGACCAACCAAAUGCCCAAUAUGAACACGCUUUAUUCCACAGAACGCACAGCCAAGAUCAACCUAGGAACUGUCGAAAGUACACUACCGGGUGCGGAGUUAUCGUGGGAGGUGUCGGUAGAGUCGGAGGGUCGCGCGGUGUACCGCGGCGUCCAGCGCGCACUGCAGCGGUACCGCGACGAGCGCUGCGGGCCCACGCUGCUGGCGCUGCAGGCCGACCUCUCUGCGGCCGCGCUACUCGCUCUCAUGCCGGGUUUGUCGGAGUUUCCGCUGGUGCCACUUCAAGUGCGUGACGCAGAGGCACUGUACAGUUCGUUGGAGUGGCAGCGGCUGGGCGCCCGGGCCAUAGUACGGCACUACCUCAAUCUACAAGCCGUGCUUGAUCUCACCAUCGAACAGUGCAGGUACUUUCACGUGCCUCUCGGUAAUAUGCCUGCUGACCCGACGUUGUUCGGCGCCGACUUGUUCUAUGCGCGCCAUCUGCUCAAGCAUAACUUCGUACUCUGGUGCUCCAGCCUCGAGCGACCCGACCUCGGCGGAAGAGAAACAGACGACAACAGACUGGUGAGUGAAGUGGAGGAGCUGUCUGGGUGUACGCACAACGCGAGCGGCGCAUACAGCGGUGUGUGCGUGGAGCUGGAGAGCGACGCACUGGGAGUGUGUGCGCUGCUGCAGGCGCACCACGUGCUGCAGGCGGAGGGCACCAGCGUCGCCACCUCAUUCGGGGCCUCACACGCCACCAUACAGGACGUCAUGGCCAACAUCGGUCCUAAUGCUUCGGUUAACUACGAUGAGACGGCGCAGUGUAGCGCGGCGUUCAAGAUAUUACGGACUAUGAUUGCCUCGUGGCUACGUGACGUCACGCAGUACAAGAAUGUGUUCGCUGAUUUUCAGAUAUCGCAUUUCUAUCGUUGGCUAAAAACUCCCACAUCACUACUAUACGACCCGGCUCUCCGGCGCACACUAUACAACCUGAUGAAGAAGCUGUUCCUUAUGCUGGUGGCGGAGUUCAAGCGUCUUGGUUCCGUCAUAGUGUAUGCUGACUUUAACAAAAUAAUACUAUGUACGAAAAAGAACUCCAUUUUGGACGGUAUAGGCUAUGUGGAGUUUGUGGUACAAAGUAUAAGGAAUAAGGAGCUCUUCCACGGAAUCGACAUUCGGUACAAGCAGUGCUGGGCCUAUCUACUAUGGCUGGAUGAGGCUAACUACGCUGGCGUGCAGGGUAAAUUGCCACAAGGAUUAGUCGAAGUCGGGUCAUCGCAACUUCCACCCGCCGAAGAAGACGCUGAAAACGAAGAAUGUUCAAUAACAAUGCAAUGGAAUUUGGCGAACUUCUUGCCGAAUUCAGUGCGGGAGCAGUUCGCUGCGGCGGUUGCGGGAUUCCUUAGCGCUGCCUACAGUCAGCCCGACCAGUUGGGCUCUCUCCUACGCGGCGAGAUUUCGCAGAAAUUGUUCCAGAUGACAGAGAAGAUUAAGAGUCGAACCCCAUCUCUACGCGAGGCAGAUAUGUCGGCGCGACCGGGGCAUCGGCCCGCUGCACUGCCGCCCGGCGCUACGCCCGCCCUACUCUACAUUAAUGCCAUCUGCAAGGUCUUCUCUCUCGAUACCCACGUCGAGGACGAGUUAACGGUGUUACGGCGCAACCUGCUGAGGUUAGUUGGCGUGGGCGAGUUCAGUAGCGCGGCUGAGUGGACGGACCCAUGCGCUAGCUGCGUAGUCGGCGAAGUUAUCUGCAAGGUUUGCAACCGAUGCCGCGACCUCGACCUCUGCCGGGACCCUGGUCUCCAUAUGAUUGACGAUGUACCUGUCUGUGUGUGCCCAACAUGUAACACGCCUUAUGACAACCAAGAGUUGGAAUGGCGACUCAUAGAAAUUAUGAAUAGGCGAGCAAUGACCUACACGCUACAAGAUCUCAAAUGUGCCAGAUGUCACCAGGUAAAACGUGAAAACCUUUCAAUGGUAUGUGAUUGUGCUGGCGACUUCACCCUCAUGGUCCCUGUAAAGGAGAUCCACUCACAGCUUGCAACAUUCAAAACAAUAGCUGAAUAUUAUAAAAUGCCACUUCUAUUAGAACUUAUUAAAUUUAAUUUGAAUAAUAUGUGAUAAGUA